AUGAUGCCGCUGCGGCCAAAGAGCCAUCCGACGGUGCACCCGGACCCGGCGCCGGCGCCGGCCCCCGCUGCGGUUCCCGCUGCGGCCCCCGCUCCGGCUGCGGCUCCGGCUGCUGCUCCGCAGGCCCCGGCGCAGGGACAGGCGGACGCGCCGCCUGGGGUGGUGAUGCGCGCCCCGAUCCGGGGCCGUCUCGUCGUCCGCCUCGUGCAGGCGCUCCUCGCCGCCGCCGCGGUCGCCGCCAUGGCCUCCGCCCGCGACUUCGCCUCCCUCACCGCCUUCCGCUACCUCGUAUCAGCAGCAGCCUUGCAAUGCCUGUGGAGCCUGGCACUGACCAUUCUCUACUUCUACGCACUCCUCGUCGGCCGUUCCUACCGAGCUCCACGAGCCAUCGCCAUACUCUGCGUCGGGGACUGGAUCACCGCAGGACUGACCUUCACUGCUGCAUGCGCGUCGGCAGGCAUCACCACUUUCAUCAGCGAUGACGUGGAGGCUUGCUAUGACAACCACUGCCCAAGCUUUAUGGCUGCUACUGCCAUGGCUUUCUUGUGCUGGUUCACAGUUGCGCCGUGCUGUCUCGUGAACCUCGCCUCAGUAGUCCACAAAUUACAGAGACUGUAGCCUACAGAACAAGAACAUGGGUUUGUUUGUGCACCAGAUCCUCUUCCAUGACCAACUGGGGCACUGCGUGGCGCAGCUAAUUACAGUAGAACCGAUAAGCAACUGGAUGGUGCAAAUACCUUCUUAAUAUAUAUUGUUAGUGUGGGCUGGUGGUUGUGACCCGUGGAUGAGCUGA